AACAUGAACAGCAGCCCAAACAUCGUUCAACCAUACGGAGUACUGUUUUCCUCGCACUGAUAAAAAGAAAAAGGAAAAAAAAACAAUUCUCCCGCCAAACCCUUCCCCUUCAGUCCUUCACUAGUUUACUGCCAUUGACAGUUAACAUUUGCUCGGUCUCAUAGGAGAAAGAAAAUGAGUAUAUCGUACGAGCAGAGGUUGAAAGCGGCGGCAAAGACUGUAACGGCGGCCGAUGAUUCGCCGGCAUCAUUCAAUUGCGAAGAAAUUGGGGUUACGGCCACACUUAAACCUCAUCAAAUCGAUGGCGUUUCCUGGCUCAUCCGCCGUUACCUUAUCGGCGUCAACGUUAUUCUUGGAGAUGAGGUAUGAUACCUUCAGAAUCAUUGCAGCUUUAUGUCAUUGUGCUAUCUGUUUAUUUAUACGCGUAAUGGCAAUGGAAGUAGGACGUAGGCGUCACAAUAAUGCAAAGCAUCUUGAAGGAAAUUGAUAUGUUUGAUUUUGUCUUUGGUUCUGUUUCUUUGCUCUGGCUGGAAAUAUUGGCAGAUGGGACUGGGGAAAACUUUACAAGCCAUCACUUUCUUGUGCUACUUGAAAUUUUGUAAAGGAUCGCCUGGGCCUUUCUUGGUUCUGUGCCCCUUGAGUGUGAUAGAUGGUUGGGUGUCAGAAAUAGAGAAAUUUGCUCCUAAGUUGAGGGUUCUCAGCUACGUUGGUGAAAAAGAGCACAGGCGUAGGCUAAGGAGGACAAUGUAUGAACAUGUUCAAGCACAGUCUUCAUCUAAUAAUGUGUCUUUGUUACCUUUUGAUGUCCUUUUGACAACAUAUGAUAUCGCACUGAUUGACCAGGACUUCCUCUCACAAUUUCAAUGGCAUUAUACUGUGAUUGACGAAGCUCAAAGGCUUAAAAACUCUUCAAGUGUUCUAUAUGGCGUGCUCAAAGAGCGGUAUAUUAUGCCAAGGCGUUUGCUGAUGACAGGCACACCCAUCCAAAAUAACCUUACUGAACUUUGGGCGUUGAUGCAUUUUUGUAUGCCGUCUGUUUUUGGAACAUUGGAGCAGUUUCUUCAGACAUUUAAGGCUGUUGGAGAUGCUUCUGCUGGACAUGAUGGUGCCUCAGUUAAGGAGCAGCUUAACACUCUGAAGUGCUUACUGGGAGCAUUUAUGCUUCGCAGGACAAAAUCUAAGCUUGUUGAAUGUGGAACUCUUGUGUUACCUCCUCUUACUGAGAUUACAGUGAUGGUCCCCCUUGUAGCCUUGCAGAAGAGUGUUUAUACAUCAAUUUUGAGGAAAGAGCUCCCUAGACUUCUUGCUUUAUCUUCUGGAACGUCGAAUGUCCCAUCUUUGCAGAAUGUUGUAGUCCAGCUUCGGAAGGCAUGUAGCCACCCAUAUCUCUUCCCUGGUAUUGAACCUGAACCAUAUGAAGAGGGUGAACACCUUGUUCAGGCUAGCGGUAAACUUAUGAUUUUGGAUCAACUUCUUCGAAAGCUGCACGAAUCUGGACACCGUGUUCUAUUGUUUGCUCAGAUGACCCAGACCCUUGAUAUUUUACAGGACUAUUUGGAGUUACGUCGUUACUCUUAUGAGCGGCUUGAUGGGUCAAUUCGAGCAGAAGAGCGUUUUGCUGCAAUAAGAAAUUUCAGCCACCUAUCCACCUCUGGGAAUAAGAACACUGAAUCCAGUGAACAAGGUGCUUUUGUCUUUUUGAUAUCUACAAGAGCUGGUGGAGUAGGUUUGAAUCUCAUGGCUGCUGACACUGUUGUAUUUUAUGAGCAAGAUUGGAACCCUCAGGUUGAUAGACAAGCGCUGCAGCGCGCACAUCGGAUUGGUCAGAUGAACCAUGUGCUGUCAAUAAACCUUGUUACAGGGCGGUCUAUUGAGGAGGUCAUUUUGCAGCGGGCAAGAAAGAAGUUACAACUAAGUCAUAAUGUCAUUGAUGACGAAGCUUCAGAGCACGUAGGGAAAGAACUCUCUGGGGCUGGACCUGGUGACUUGAAGUCUAUGAUAUACGGGUUACGUUUUUUUGAUCCUGAAGAGAGUAGUAAAGAAAAUUCAAGUGAGCCAAAAUUGUCAGAAUUAGAUACGAUGGCUGCUGAAGUGCUUGCCAAGCGCAAUGAGAAGAAUCUUGACGAGGAAACGGAAAAGUUUGCAUUGAGUUCAAUUAGUCCAAGUGGAAAUGAUUUUGGUAUGGAGAGGGCUGCUGCUACUAUUAAUGUUGACCCUGGUCUUGAUGAAGCUUCAUAUCGUUCUUGGGUGGAAAAAUUCAAGGAGGUAGCAGAAUCGAUUGAUAAAACUCCCUUGGAAUUGGAGAGUAGGAGAGUGACUUCCGAGGAAAAAGUUCAAAGGCUCGAGGCUGCUAAAAAGAAAGCAGAGGAAAAGAAGUUGGCAAAGUGGCAAACGCUUGGAUACCAAUCACUUUCAGUUCCUGAUCCCACACUACCAGUAGAUUCUGAUUUGAUAUCAGAGCGGGGUGCUGUUAACUUUGUCUUUGGAGAUUGUACAAAUCCAUCUGAUGUGUGUCCCUCUGAGCCGACCAUUAUAUUCAGCUGCGUUGAUGACUCUGGAAAUUGGGGCCGUGGUGGAUUGUUUGACGCAUUGGCCAGACUCUCCAGCAAAGUUCCGGAGGCAUAUGAGCGUGCAUCUGAAUGUGGGGACCUCCAUCUGGGAGAUCUUCAUCUAAUACAAAUAGAUGAUGUUGAGAGUGAGCAGAUCAAAGAUAGUGGGAUGCCUUGGUGGGUUGCCUUGGCUGUGGUUCAGUCCUACAAUCCCAGACGUAAAGUUCCGCGUAGCAGUAUCUCAAUAAGUGAUUUGGACCUUUGCUUAUCCAAAGCAUCAUCUGCUGCUGCCCAAAACUCUGCCUCAAUCCACAUGCCACGUGUUGGGUAUCAAGAUGGAUCAGAUCGAGCAAUUUGGUAUUCUACUGAACGUCUUUUGCGAAAAUAUUCCUCGAUAUAUGGCAUUAAGAUUUACGUGUAUUAUUACAGGAAGCCUUCAGGGUAGUGAAACGUGUCAUACAUAUUGGUGCUGAAGAAGAGAUUAGUGAGCAUGGCGGUUGGUUGACUUUCUGAAAAGUACUCCAAGCUUUUGUCUGGUACUUCUCAUCCGUGUGUUGUUGUAUAAGACAGUAAGCUAAAAUGAAACACCCCCUCCACCCCCACCCCCACCCCCGGGUUUCCGCUUAGAUUAGAACAUUUAGAAGUGAUGUUCAUGUUUUAGAACCUUCCAUUUACAGUAAAUAUAGUAAGUUUUUCAGUUUGUGCUUUUAUUUUGCUGCUUGCGAACAGAAUCCAUGGUCAGAUUAGUUGGUCUAUUGUUUCAUCUGUCUAGGAAGGUUGAAGUGUGUACAUCAGAAAUAUGUUCCAGAACAUCUCCAUCCUUUUCAUCUGAGUUUGUGGCAGAACUUAAGUGUAUUUCAACUAUUGUAAGCAACUUUGUGGAAUAUAAUAUAGAAUUUUCUUUGAUGACA